UUAGAGGGUUUGAUGCCUUGACUUUAGCCCUAUUGCCAAGGAAAAUUGAACUGCAUAAACACAAACCCCACUCGACGACGUCGUCUCCCUGUUCUAUGCUUUGCCUCCCUCGAAAGCUCGCUCUACCCUUUCAAACUGCAAACCCUAGAAGGGAAAACAUCCUACUCACAUGGCAAUUGCUCGGACCGGAGUUUUCGUCGACGACUACUUGGAGUAUGCAAGCACAUUGCCUGCAGAGCUACAGAGAGUUCUCAAUACCGUUAGAGAACUCGACGAUCGUUCCCAAGCUAUGGUAAAUCAAACUAGGCAGCAGACAAGGUACUGCUUGGGUUUGGCUUCUCAGGGCUCCAAGAAAGGAAACGGUGAAGCAGACGAGGCAGCAUCCGAGAAAAUGAGAAAGGAAAUUGAGGCGAACCAGGACAAUGCAUUGAGCCUCUGCACUGAGAAGGUUUUAUUGGCACGGCAAGCUUAUGAGCUUAUAGAUAGCCAUGUAAAGCGUCUUGAUGAGGAUCUGAACAAUUUCGCAGAAGAUCUAAAGCAAGAGGGUAAAAUACCACCAGAUGAGCCAGCAAUCCUUCCCCCAUUAGCUAUAGUCCCCAAAAAUGAAAAACGCAAAUCUUUCUACGGAACACCUCAAUUAAAAAGGCUCGAUUACACAGACAGGGACUGGGACCGGGAGCGUGACAGGGAUUUUGAGCUCAUGCCUCCUCCAAGCACCCUCAGAAAGGAUUUUGCUGCACCUAUUGAUGUAGAGCUGCCUGUUGAUCCAAACGAACCUACCUACUGUGUCUGUCAUCAGGUGUCUUUUGGAGAUAUGAUUGCCUGUGACAAUGAAAAUUGCCAAGGAGGUGAAUGGUUCCACUAUGCAUGUGUUGGGCUCACACCAGAGACAAGAUUCAGAGGGAAGUGGUAUUGUCCAACCUGCAGACUACUACCGCAAUGAACACAUAUUGUGCAUUAUUUAGUUGCUUCAGAGGAUUCUUCUAAAGGCAAUAAUGAUGAUGAUGAUGAGAAGACACUAUUAGGGAAAGAACUACUUGAAGUAAUUAGCGCUGCUGCGUUGUUUCAAAGUAGUUGGAUAAUCUACUUUUGGUUUGUGUGUCUGUAAAUAUAUGUGUGUUGAUUUCAUAUCAUGAUGGAUGUUUGUGAGAACAGGUUAUUUCCCUGAAA